AAAAGAUAGAGCCGAUACAACUAGUGUCUGACAAAUAGCUGAUGUAUAGUCUGACGACGUGCGAGCUGCCCACGAUAAUACAGGAAGAGUGUCAUAUAGAGCUGAAAGCACUUUGAGUGAAUUCCGGCGGCGUGAAUUUUAUUCAUUAGAGAGCAUGGGAUUGUUGUGAACUGUAGGCAAAUGUCUCGACAGAUGGACGCCCCCGACAAGACGCAUCGCUUUCGUAGGCGCCAUUUCUCUGAGAAUACAGCACACCAGGGUAACACUGAAGAAAAGAUACAGAGUAAUGAGCGGAAACGUCACUUCUACAGAAAACGAAAGGAAAGAUAUGAUGUUGAACAGUCCCAUAUCAGGUCUCGUUCUCGAGAUUCUAGGCCUCGUUCUGUAUCUAGUGCUCCUAAGAUUCAACCAUGUGCAUCUAGGGCUAGGUCUUCUGACACAAGACUCUGUAUGCAGGAUACAUAUACUGCAGGACCAGCUAUUAUUUGUUUUCUGGGAGUGGAACUGCAAUGCACACCUUCGUCUCAUGAUGAACUUAUACAAUUAUGUAAUGACCACGGAAUGAAGUACACAACUUUAAGUCUCUUAGAAAGCCAGUUUGGUAUAGAUAUAACAGAUAUCAAUGUGCAAUUUAAUUCAUGGAAAGAGGCUGAAAUGAGCAAAACUUUGAUAAAUCAGCAUUUCAAAGUGUCUUUCACUGAUAUAUCAUUCUUAAAUGAAAACGUAAGUCCCAGUGUUAAAUCCUAUGAGCCCAAAAUUUGACAUUCCUAUAGGCAAAGUCAACCAAGACGUCCCACAUACACAGAAUAAUGGCAUCGCUAGUAUCGCUGUAAUAAAUAAAUUAAAAACAUUCCUUUUUCUACUAAUAUUAUGUUAACUCUUUAUAGCACAUUAAUUUUGCCGUACCUUUCAUAUGUCAAUAUCGCUUGGGCAAUUACCAUUAACAAAUUUAUUAAUCUGUGUCCCUGGAGUAUGAAUCGACCCAUAUUGAUAAACUAUUUAAACUUCAAAAAAGGGCUCUAAAGAAUCUGCCCUGCUGCUACUUUUAAAUCCCGUACUAAACCUUUGUUCUAUGAAUAUAAUGUCUUGAAUAUUUAUGAUUUAAAUAAGUUACAAAUUGGUAUGUUUAUGUUUAGUUUACACAAAGGUAUGCUACCUCUUCACAUCGCCUCUUUAUUUUCUAAACCAUCCUCUCACCAUUUUCACAGUCACAACACUAGAUAUUCUUUAACCUAUAUACUGCAAUAUAUACUGCAAUUUUUACUACUACAUCCAAACUUGGAGGUCACUGUAUUUUCUAUUCUGGUCCAAAAUUAUGGAAUACACUUCCCUUAUCUCUUACAAAUCAGGAAUCAAUUGCAAACUUCAAAUUUAAUUCUAAACGCACUCUGGUCUUGGAAUACGGUGUACAGUUCUCUUCCAUAAUUGGCUCUGUGUUAUUUUAUUUUUUUUUGUUUAUAUUCUUUUGUCUGUCAACAUCAAUAUUAUAAAAUGUCAUUUUUUUUUCUUCCUUUAACUAUUGGCAUAUUGUGUUUUGAUCUAACGCUUGAGUUAUUCAUAC